CCACACAUGGCUCCUACAAUCACUGCAGCAACAGGCCUCUCUCAGGACCACCUCAGCCUCUCUCACAAGCUGAGAAAGCCUGUGGUGGAGAAGCUGCGCAGAGAGAGGAUCAACAGCAGCAUUGAGCAGCUCAAGUCUCUCCUGUGUGCAGAGUUCCUCCAACAGCAGCCGGACUCCAAGCUGGAGAAAGCAGACAUCCUGGAGAUGACCGUCACUGUGCUCACACGUCUGCAGCAGCAGAACAAGACACACUUCCUGUCCCAGAGCCUCAUGAAGAACUCUCAGCAGAGCCACUGCACUGAGCUGCACAACCACAGCAGCAACUGCAAAGACAAGAGUCCAGUGAGCAGCGCCCCCUGGAGGCCAUGGUAGAGCCUGCACCUUGCUCAGACUGACAGUAACUAUAGACCACACUGGUCUGAGAUCCUCAGAGUUCUUUUGCAUUUAAAAAUCUCUGGGACUGAUGUUUUAUUUUAAAUAGGAAAUGUUGCAUUUCCUGUGGAAAUGUUGGUCAAGACUGGACUGAAGAUAUUUGAAUUCAAGAAGUUCUUCAACUGAUAAGUUGU